GGAGAAGGGUGCGCUUAGGGGCGGGGCCUGCGGCGGAAGCGGCGUCCGUGGGCUCGGUGCGGGGCAGGCUGCAGCGAUGCUGCCUGCGGGGUGGCUGCGGCUGUUGGCCGCGCUCUGCAGCCUCCUGCUGGGGCAGGCCCAGACCCCGAGCCCCGGGGUGCCGCCGGAGCGGAGCCGGCCCUACGCGGUGCUGCGCGGGCAGAACCUGGUGUUGAUGGGGACCAUUUUCAGCAUCCUGCUGGUGACCGUCAUCCUUAUGGCAUUUUGUGUCUACAAGCCCAUCCGUCGUCGGUGAUGGCUGCACGGGAUCACCCUGUUUCGAGUUUCUGGGAUGGAAACAUGAGCCGCUGGAGAUGGUGGAAUCAGCUUCUUGGAAGUGACUGUUGAUCUGAUGGGUGGUAAACGUGACGGGCUUUGGGAAGGCACCCAGCAGUAAUCGUUACCCUAACAUCAGUUAUUGGUGGCUGAGUCAAUGUCUCAGUGUUUCUUUUUGUUUGGCUGUACCAGUUAAAAGUGAAGCCGGAAGCCCCAAGGUUCCCUGUAAAGAUGUGUCCAUUGCAGUGUCCACUGGAAGAACCGCACUGGAGAAGAGGAUGCAUCACUAAUGCUUGAAAUAGUAAGGAGGCUUAACAUGUAGACAUCCCCUGCUUUCAACCAUUCUGUCACUAUGUGUUGCUCACACAUGGGGGCCAGGAAGAUGGCUCAGCAGGUAGAGGGGCUUGCCACCAAGCCUGAUGACCUGAGUUUGAUUCCCAGCACUCAUCUGGUGGAAGGAGAGAACCGACUCCCGUGGGUUGUUCUCUGACCCCCGCAGAUGAAUAAAUAUAAAAACAAAGCCCACGUUUUUGCUCUACUGAGCUGCCCUAGAAUACCCUGGGUGCAAAGCCAGCGUUCGCUGUGGGCCACCUAGGCCAGCGCUCCUGCAUCGGCACUGUACUUGAAUGCCCACAGUUCUGCCAGAAUUGUAUCCUCGGUCUGUAACCCCAAGCCCCCUUGGCCUGGAAGGCUCUGGGUUGGACUGGAAAUGCUCCUGUCUACCAGAAGAACAACUCCACCUGACCCAAACAUACUGAUGUCCCUCUCACCCGCGGCUCAGGCCUGUGGUAGCUUCUCAGAUGGGAACGUGAGACUUCGCUCCCCGUCUUCUCCCGGCUGUCGAGGGGCCGGCCAGCCAUUGUCCGCUGUGCAGGCUGCUGUGUUUACAAGGCUGCCAGCUUUCCAAGUGCUGCUACUGAACUAGAUUUCCCUGCUGAUAUUUUCAUCGUGAUAGUGAUGAUUAGUAUUUAUUUGAAAGGUGCUAGAUUUAAUUUUGUUAUGGAAUUGUUGUAAUGCUUAGUCUUGUGUUCCCUGCAAGCACAGCACUGGUCUUUUUUGUCUUAUAAUCUAAUAACCUGUACUUGAUGUGAAUUAACUGAUGAGGAGCACUGUAACUGUUGGGGUCUUGUCGGUAACCCUGUAACACUGAGCCAUUAAAAUGUCAAGGUUAAAGAGAAA